AUGGGCUCCAUCACUGAAACGAUUCAGACAACGGUGGACACAGCCAAAGAUGCCAUCAAUAAUGAUGGCAAGCUCUAUGCCAGCCAGAACAAAGCCCCACUGAAUUACUCUGGCUCUCUCGACAAGUAUGAGCACUUCGACGUGACCCCCGUUAUCGGCCGCGAAUACCCCAGUGUGCAGCUCAAAGACCUCCUCGAGGCUCCAGACUCUGACAAACUGCUGCGCGACCUCGCCAUCACCAUCUCCCGCCGUGGCGUCGUUUUCUUCCGCGCCCAGAACACACUCGACAACAACCUUCAGAAGCAACUAGCCGACCGCCUUGGCGCCCUCUCCGGCAAACCCGCCUCCUCCAAGCUGCACAUCCACCCAGUCUCGAACUCAGGUCGAGCCCUAGGUGGCAGUGACGACGAGAUCAGCGUCAUCUCCAGCCAGCAGGCCAAACAACUGUACGCGGACCGUUUGCAACGCACCGGCAAGCAGUCCUCCAAGGAAGGCUGGCACAGCGACAUUACCUUCGAGCCCGUCCCCUCCGACUACGCCAUCCUACGCCUGACGCAAAUUCCGAAGACAGGUGGGGACACCCUCUGGGCGAGCGGCUACGAGCUCUACGACCGCAUCUCCCCCGCGUACCAGAAAUUCCUCGACACCCUCACCGCCACGUACGCGCAACCCAUCUUCAACGAAUCCGCCAAGAGCAACAACUUCCAGCUCUACGCCGGCGAGCGCGGCAGCCCCGCCAACACGGGCACCGACCUCACCGCCGUGCACCCCGUCGUGCGCACAAACCCCGUCACCGGCUGGAAAUCCGUCUUCGCCGUGGGCCACCACGCCAAGCGCAUCAACGAGGUCUCCGAGGCCGAGAGCGAGCAUUUGCUACAGUGGUUCGUUAGGCUGGUUGUGGAAAACCAUGAUUUGCAGGUCCGGCAUCGGUGGGUGAAUGAGAAUGACGUGGCGAUUUGGGACAAUAGGAGCGUGUACCACACGGCGACGUAUGAUUACGAGGGGUUUGGCGACAGGACGGGCCAGAGGGCUGUGAGUAUGGGGGAGAGGCCGUAUGUGGAUCCGCAGAGUACGGGAAGGAGGGAGGGGUUGUUGAGGGAGGUGGGUGAGACGGGGGAGAUUGCGCUUUGA